AUAACCCUCCACUAGCGUCGUUAUUUUAGUGCAUGAAGAGUAUACUCGGAAAUGGCUGAAUGCAGAAAUCUCUGGGUACCAACAAGAAACAAGGUGCAUUGUUUACAGGGGUUCUGCACAUGUCGUCCUCUGGGCAUCGUGAAGUACGUUACAGCAGCACUAUGCCAAUUGCUCAUCUAGGAUCUUUUGCACGGUUCACCUAGUGGAGAGAAUUAUUUCGCUGAUGUGUUCUGGGCAUGCAGAAAUUUGUAUUCUCCCGAGUCCACAUUUGCACUUCUGCCUACCCACACCUCCCAGCGCUAGAAACUGCCGAAAAAAAGGCAAAAACAUUCUUGGCAACACCAAGUGUAUUAGCAUAUUACCCACCGCGUCCAAGAAGAUAUCUCCUCGGCGAGGCUCGGCUGUUUGCCAGCCAAGCCAUUAUAACAGGUCAAGUGUCAGGUCGACAAAUACACCGGCAGAGGAGGAGUGUAAGUGUGGCCAUAUAUAUAGACCAUCGAAUUUACUGUAUAGAACGGCGAAUGGCACAGGCCGGUGAAUGUCGGUGGCAUCUGUCCCCACUCCUACCGCCUCCGAUACAAGCACUAGCCUGCCUUAAUGGCGGGAGACAUGGCGAUAGACACGCCAACAUUUUUUGGCCUGGUGCUGCGCCCGCACUGGUCAGUGAUUUUCCCUGGCCCAAUUUCUAGCACCUGCGUUCGUCGUUUCUAUUCUCUUCCUCUCUCACUUGGCACUGCAUGCUGCGCGCAGGGAAUAAUCGUGCCCCAUGACCGCCACUGGACACCACUCGUCGUUUCUCUGUGCCCGAUUGUUUUCUGGGUAUAUUCGGUGGGCCUGCUGUGCCCGGCUCCCCGAGAGGCCAU